CGCCUGAAAUAUUUAAUUCAAUUGUCAAGACUUUUGUUGCUUCUAUACCAGAUUCUGGACAACACAGCUGUGAUAUCAAAGCACUCCAACUUGUUAACACUCUUCUAUCAAGAAGUCACGGAAGCUCUUUGCAUUACCCACCACUCCUUUGCUUUUAACAAUCUGGGUUCUAUAUCUCGCUACCUCCGACGCUGGGUAUUCAGCCCCAACUCAAGCGACAACUAUCUCAAGCGACAACUAUCUCAAGCGUACUAUCAGAUAUGUCACGAGCAGCCGCUGACUCCAUCCCUGGGUUAGUCUGGAUACUCCGAGGGGAAGGUACCAGUGAAGUCAAACCACCCAGUCGCGAUGACCUAUGGUACAUUGACAGCCUUGAUGAGUAUUCAUUUGAUCAGUCAAUGCGACAUGGAGCUGGCCAGACUAGUGAUGCACUGGAGCACAUUUUAUCUGCAGCAGCCUACCUUGGAGAUAUCUUACUGGUCGAGCAUCUCCUUAUACAGGGUGUGGAUGCAAAUGCAAGCAGUAAUAUAUUUGGUAGACCAUUGCAAAAUGCUGCCCUAAGAGGACAUUUGGACAUUGUCCGGCUCCUGUUUAACAAAGGAGCAGAUCCUGAGGGCGAGAUCUGGCCCCGAGCUGAAGAGGACCGACAGGUAGUGGAGAAGAGAUAUGGAAAGGAGGAAAUCGAUCAAUAUUUUUGUCUCCCCGACUUUUAUCAUCGAGCCCUUACUGCUAUCGAAGCAGCAGCACAAAAGGGUCAUAAAGAGAUACUGCAGCUUCUUCUACAACCAAAGUUUCGGGUCUCACGAUCACACUUUACCUACCGAAGAGCAAUUGUGUUUGCAGCUGAGGGAGGAAAUGCUGAGAUUCUGGAAACUCUUGCUGCAAGUGCCGAUUACAGCACUCUUUCUGAAAGAUCACCUCAAGCCCUCUGGGGCUGUACGCUUCGAUUCGCGGCAUUCCAUGACAAAACGGAGACCAUCCCUUUAAUACUGAAUAAUGGUGCGCAGAUCAAUCAUGGGUAUCAUGAUCUUGCAUUCUCUACAUCAUUAGGAUUUGAUGCUUAUAAUGGCCACAACAAAAUGAUUUCGUUGUUAUUGCAAAAUGGGGCCGAUAUUGAUGGUGGAUGGGAUGGUCCUCUUUCUUUGGCAAUUCGGAAAGGCUUUGUUCACAUUGUGGAGUUGCUUUUAGAUCAGGGAGCUAUAGUUCACCCUGUUAAUUCAAGGCUCCUAGGAAUGGCAGCAGAGUAUGGAGAAGCAGAUAUUGUGCGGGUUCUUUUGAAGAGAGGUUUACAUCUUGAUAAAGUAAAAUCUGCUAGGCAUGGGCGGGUUUUUGGGGGUACUCGGAGAGUUUGGAAUCACCGAAGAUACGAGUGCGAAUUGACAUGGGCCAAGGACAUAUCCCAAGAUAUAUAAAAGGUAUACUUGAAGCAAUUUAUCCUAAGUCAUGAAAAGUUCAGCUCCAUUCUCUGCGU